AUGACUGGGAUGGCGUACGACCAAGAGGAGGGCCGCUGCUCCUCCUCCUCCUCCUCUGCUGCGGCUCAAUGCGCCGCCGCUACGCCCAUCGGGGUCCCCCCGGGCCCCACCACGCACGCGACGUCCCGCGCCCGUGACCUAGCCUCGAAGUUCCACCUGUUCGUCACGCCGACGGUAGAGAACAUCAUCCUGGAGAUGACAAAUCGGGAAGUGGUAAGGAGUCAGAUUGACUGGGGUGUGAGUUACACUUCUACUGAGAUCUGUGCCGUCAGAGGAUCAACAGUGGACAUUAACUGUACCUACACAUACCCAUCCAGGUGGAAUUACCUUGAUACUACUGUUCAGAAAACUUUCUGGUUCAUUCAAGUGAGUAAAGGGAUUCACAUUGAUCUAAGGACUGAUCCGGAGUAUUCAGGUCGUGUGGAGUAUCUCUGUGAAAACAACAAGUGCACUCUGAGAAUCUCUAACCUGAGAGAGAGCGACUCAGCUGUGUACAAGUUCAGGUUCACAACAAACCAACCUACUGGGAGUUUUACUGGUUCAGCUGGAGUCAUAGAAGGACAUGAGCGUUUCCCUUCUCCUACAUUGUAUGCUCCAAAGGUUCCCACUGUGUCAGCGAGUCCCUCUGGUGAGAUCAUGGAGGGCAGCUCGGUGACUCUGACCUGCAGCAGUGAUGCUAACCCAGCAGCUAUGGGUUUGAGAGAAGCAGCGAGUUGCUUUGUCAUCUUCCUUCUUUCUGUGUCAGUGGUGCAGGCUGCUGAUGGCUGGGGAGUGACGUGCACUCCUACUCAGAUCUGUGCUGUAAAAGGAUCGAAGGUGCAAAUACGCUGCUCCUACUGGCACCCAUCCAGAAUAGAUGACCUUGAUGUUGCAGUGGAGCAAACGUACUGGUUUACUAAAGGGCAGGAUAGUGAACCUGUGGAUCUGAGAGCAGCCUCUGAGUACACAGGGCGUGUGCAGUAUCACUGUGGAAACAAGGCCUGCACUCUGACCAUCACAGACCUGAGAGAGAGCGACUCUGAUGUGUACCAGUUCAGGUUCAUAACAAACCAACCUACUGGGAGUUUUACUGGUUCACCUGGAGUCUCCUUGUCUGUCACAGGUGUCCAGGUGAUCAGCAAAAAAGCAUCAGCUUGCAAGACGUAUGACUGUUCAUGGUCACGUGUGGAGUGUCAAACCAGUUGUCCUCCAACUCCCAGUCUGUCUUACAUCUGGUACAAGAACGGACAAAAGACAUGGGGAGAAAAAUCUUAUAGCGACUACUUUUAUUCAGCAGACAGCAUUUCCUGUGCUGUGAGAGGCCACGAGGAUUUCCCCUCUGCUCCAGUGUGUGUCCGUGGAAAUUCAUGCGACAGAGUGAAUUACAUCGACAGGAACAUCUGUGCCUUUAAAGGCUCAUCAGUGGACAUCUCUUGCAGUUACAACAGUCGCUAUUAUUCUAUCACAUCUAAGUCCUGGUUCGUUGCUGAGCGUAAGGAUGAGCAGCAGUAUCGCCCUCGAGCUGUGGACUUACUCAAAGACCCAGAGUUCACAGAUCGUGUUCAGGUCCUUGAACCAGAGCGAGGGCGCUCCACUCUGAGAAUAAUGAACCUGAGACUGAGCGAUUCAGCCCAGUAUCGCUUCAAAUCACAGAGGUCUGAAUGGGAGAGAAGUUUCCGUGGCACAACUCUGACUGUCACAGAUGUUCAGGUGAUCUGGUCUCCGAUUGGUCCAACACUGACUUGUCACAGCAGCUGUCUUCUCUCUGGUCGUCCCUCCUUUGUCUGGUACAAGAAUGGAACAGAAAUUCACGGGGAAACGUCUCCAACUUUCAGGGGAUUCCUUCACCCUGAAAACAGCUAUUCCUGUGCUUAUGAGCUUCACCACUCGUCCCCUGUGUAUGCUCCGAAGGUUCCUUUAGUGCAGCUGAGUCAACCUGGAGACAUUCUGAAGGGCAGCUCGGUGUCUCUGACCUGCAGCAGUGAUGCUAACCCACCCCCUGCAUACGCCUGGUACAAACAGAACCAGACUUUGCUCAACAGAGCAGCUCAGCUGGUUUUCAGCUCCAUCCCGUUGUCUGACUCUGGAGAAUAUUACUGCACAGCUGAGAAUGCGCUGGGGAAGACAGCGUCUAAACGUGUCUUAAUAAAUGUGAAAUAUGCUCCACAGUCCUCCUCUGUGUCAGUGAGUCCCUCUGGUGAGAUCAUGGAGGGCAGCUCGGUGACUCUGACCUGCAGCAGUGAUGCUAACCCAGCAGCUAAUUACACCUGGUACAAGGAGAACCGAACUCUGCUUCAAGGACCAGAGGGCGUUUAUCGUCUCUCCUCCAUCAGCUCUGGGGACAGCGGGGUCUACUCCUGCAAGUCUGAGAAUCAGUACGGACGGAUCAACUCCACGUCUCUACACUUAGACGUCCAGUACGCUCCAAAGCCUCCCUCUGUGUCAGUGAGUCCCUCUGGUGAGAUCAUGGAGGGCAGCUCGGUGACUCUGACCUGCAGCAGUGAUGCUAACCCAGCAGCUCAUUACACCUGGUCCAAGGAAAAGAACCAGACUUUGCUCAACAGAGCAGCUCAGCUGGUUUUCAGCUCCAUCCCGUUGUCUGACUCUGGAGAAUAUUACUGCACAGCUGAGAAUGCGCUGGGGAAGACAGCGUCUAAACGUGUCUUAAUAAAUGUGAAAUACGCUCCAAAGCCUCCCUCUGUGUCAGUGAGUCCCUCUGGUGAGAUCAUGGAGGGCAGCUCGGUGACUCUGACCUGCAGCAGUGAUGCUAACCCAGCAGCUAAUUACACCUGGUCCAAGGAGGACGAGGACUCACCAAAAGCAUCAGGACAAAUCUUCACCAUCACU